AUGUCUACUAGUGUUAUACCUGGAUUUGGAUCAUCAGAUCUCUCCACUGUCAACUCCGUCGGCAUCACAACAACAUCAUCCAAUUCAACUCAUGAAUAUAUCCCAAUCCAAAUCCCUCUGAAUCAUGAAUGGAGAAUAGAAGUGCCAUUUAAAUCAAUAUUCAAAUUCAAAAUUACUAGAGGUAUAGCAGAAAUCUUUGGAACUGAAUUACCAUUAAACGUAGAACUUCAAUUAUAUCCUGGUGCAAAAUGUGCCAUAUAUUCUCCGAUCGAAACUACGACGGUUGAAUAUAUGAUAUUACCCAAUCGAAAUGAUAUGCUGGCGAUGAGUAAUGAUGAUCAAGAUACAUUUGAUGGAUAUUUGAGUGGUGAGACUGGAAUGACCCCGUUUUUGAAUUUACAUAUUGCAAUUGAAGCCCAAAGACAACAAAUCAAUGAUUAUAAUAUUUUAAAUGAAUCGAAAUUAUCAGGACCUAGAGUUUUAGUAAUUGGGAAUAAAUUCUCAGGAAAGACAAGCUUAUGUAAGAUAUUGGCUAGUUAUGCCAAUAAGAUGAACAAUACACCUAUAUUAGUGAAUCUUAAUCCUCGUGAUGGGGUUUUUGCCCUUCCAGGAUCUUUAACAGCAACUCCUAUUAGUGAUUCAUUUGAUUUAGAAUGUUCAGGAGGUUGGGGGUUUUCAACUACUUCAGGUACAUUAAGUCAUAAUCCAAAACAACCAAUUGUUAAGAAUUAUGGAUUUGGAGAUUUUAAAGAGAAUUUGGAUUUAUAUAAAUAUCAAAUUUCUCAAUUAGGGAUUGCAGUAUUAAGUAGAUUAGAAGAAGAUAUACAAGUGAAUAAUUCUGGGAUUAUUGUGGAUACUCCUGCUUUAGAUAUUAAAGAUUUUGGUAUUAUUGAAAGUAUAGUUUCUGAUUUUAGAAUUAAUAUUAUUGUAGUAAUGGGAUCGGAGAAAUUAAUGAUUGAUUUAAAGAAGAAAUUUAAACACAAAUCCACCAGUUUAGAUAUUGUUAAAGUACCCAAAAGUACUGGAGUUGUUGAAUUAGAAGAUAGUUAUAUUAGAAGAUUACAAGAAGAAUGUAUUAAAGAAUAUUUUAAUGGGAAUUAUAAAACUCGAUUAUCUCCAUUUAAAACUGAUAUUGAUGUUCAAGAUUUAAUUAUAUAUAAAGGAGUUAUUACCAAAGAAUUAAUUUCAACAUUAUCAUUCUUACCUGCUGGAGAUUCAUAUACUGUUGAAGAAGAUAAUGAAACUAAGCAAGAAGAGAAUUUAUUAGAAAAAUAUUAUUCUUUACUUGAACAACCAAGUUCUUCUAAUUUAGAUAAUUCAAUAAUGGCAAUUACUCAUGUUCCUCAAACUACAUCUAAGACCAAUAGUCGAGCAUUAUUAAAUUCAAGUGUAUUGGGAUAUGUUCAUGUAUCUAAAUUUGAUGACGAAAAGAAGAAAUUGAAAGUAUUACUUCCAUUCCCAGGAAUAUUCCCCAGAAAUAUAUUAAUCUCGACAAAUAUUGGAUUUAAUGAGUAA